CACCAGCCCAGCCGCAUCCACUCCUAGAACUUGCAUGUUUUCAAAAGUGUUCCCGAGUCUCCUUCUCUUGUAGUGUUAUGUUACACCCCUCCUCACCCAAUCACAGAAUCCUUCCCAAAAUCCUCCUGCGCGCGCCCUACUAUAAGAGUUCGGGUCCUCCCUGCCUGGCAGACACCUCUCCCUCUCUGAUGCGCAACAGAUUUCCCAAUCCAUCCCCUCACCCAGAGCAGGCCGCACUCCUCACUGCCUGUCUGUUGAUGUUGUGACCACCUGUGUGGAUUUUGCUCACUGCAAAGAAAGACGGAUUUUUCUAAAGACAAUGAGGCAAAACGACUCCACCCCGAUGGACAGCGCUGGGAACAGUGACGAGGAGAGCGACCGUCAGCUGCCACGGAGAGGCGCGAGGAAAAGGAGGGCAGCGCGGAGGAGCACGGACGACGAGGAGGAGGGGGAUUUGGAAAGCCCCAGUCCAGGCAAGAAGAAAUGCAGAAAGAGCUCCAACGGAGGAGGAGGAGGCAGCGCCGGAAGCGGAGGCAGCGAGGCCAGCAGCAGUCCCGCUCUCUCCUUCGAAGACCUGCAGACGCAACGCGUCAUGGCUAACAUCCGUGAGCGGCAGCGGACGCAGUCCCUGAACGAAGCGUUCACGUCGCUACGCAAAAUCAUCCCCACCCUUCCGUCUGACAAGCUCAGCAAGAUUCAGACGCUGAAGCUGGCGGCCCGGUACAUCGACUUCCUGUGCCAGGUUCUGCAGAGCGACGAGCUGGACGCGCGGGGAAGCAGCUGCAACUACGUGGCGCACGACAGACUGAGCUAUGCCUUCUCAGUCUGGAGGAUGGGGGGUGCGUGGUCCUUGUCAACAACGUCCCACUAACUGGAACAGUGAUGAUGGUGAUGGGACUGCAGGACUUCCCAGAAUGAAGAGCCAGUGGACCAGGCCAACUCUUCAAAAGAUGCCAAAAACAGCUGAAUCCCAGGUUCAGCUGUUUUGCUCCAGGCCUCGGAGGAAAGUUUUUAUAUUUCUCCUUGCGUGGACUGUAAAGGGAGCAUUUAGGACGGAUAUGAAGAAAGACAGAGAGACCACUGCGACUAUGAAUGUUGUAAAAACAAAACGAGCCCUGAUGAACUGCUCUGUUUUGAAACAUGAGAGAAAAAUGUCAAUCCAAUCCACAUUUCGUGUGACAGUUUCACAGAAAAUGAAGCGUGUUGUAUUUAUUUUUCUAUGCAGGUAUGAAAUCCCUUCACCCCUUUUUCUCAAAUAAAAGUAAUUUAUUUUGAAGGA